AUGGUCUCAAAUAGCGAGAGGUUAUGUGUUUGUUUUGUUGUAAUCUUGUCCGUGCUUCAAGUAUCAGAGUCAAAGCUGGUGUGGGGUGAUUGUCGCAAAUAUCGGCAUUAUCCUAGAAGUUUAUAUUGUAACAACAUCAGAGCAAGAUCUGUCCCGUACGAUCUAUUUGAGACACCUUAUACCUCGAUCUUUCUUAGGAACAAUCCGUACGUUUGUGAUUGUAAAAUGAGCUGGUUCCUCAAAAGGUUACGUUUGAAAGAUUACACACAAUUACUCGUCGAUGUCAGAAGGAUGAAAUGUCAUGAACCUGAAAGACUGCGCGGAAAACGUAUCUAUAAGCUGAAAGAAGAGGACGUUUGCUCCAAAAAAAUGAUAAUGAAUGAAUGCAAACUUCAGAUUGAUCAAUGUCAUCAACAUGCAGACUGUCACGAUCAAAACAGAGGAUACAGGUGUUCUUGUCGAACUGGUUUUACCGGAAGUGGAUGGAACUGUUCUGAUAUCGAUGAAUGUCGACAAAAUGGAGUAUGUUCGAAAGCAAACACAAAAUGUGUGAACACAUGGGGAACGUACUUGUGUUACUGUGACAGAGGUUUUAUGCUAAAAAAUUCAAAGUGUGAAGACAUAAACGAAUGUAGUGAAGGUACAGCGACAUGUCCCCGUCAUGCUAUUUGUAAGAACACAAAAGGAAGUUAUACUUGCACUUGUAAAAAUGGUUAUGUUGUAAAAGGCAGUAAAACUUGUGCGAAAAAAGAAAUCGUGACAUGCAGCAGUUCACCUGGACCGUGUGAUUUUUUGACGGAGGAUUGCAUACAAGGACAAUCUUUGGGAAGAUAUAACUGUCGUUGUAAGAAAGGUUUCACGAGAUCAGACAACGGAGUUUGCACAGACAUCAAUGAAUGUAACAAAAAUCACGAACUAUGCGAAUCGAUUGCUGAAUGCAAGAACACACCGGGAUCUUAUAAAUGCAUUUGUCCCGAAGGAUACGAAGCUGCAGAUGAGGAUACUUGUGACGACAUUGACGAGUGUGCAACAGGAAUGGACAACUGUCAUCGCGAUGCAGUUUGUAUCAAUAACAUAGGGAGCUACUCUUGUCUGUGCAAGAAAGGAUUUCUCCAAUAUAAGAAUGGAAGACUUUGUCUUAAAGAGGAUCAAGAGGAUUCCAUAACCACUCCCAUUAUUAUCUUACCAUGCGUAAUGUUUGUUGGAGUUCUUGGUACCUUCACUUGUUGCAAAUUAUGCAGGGGGACGAGUAAAACAGACCAGAAAAAAUUGAUUAAUGGCAAAUCAAGAUUCAACUGGCUUUCCCACUUCAAGUUUCCUCAAGCCAGUAUGUACGGCGUACCAACGAAUGAGUCAAUGAUAAGUGUUUGGUCGGAUAGUGACGAUGAAAAGUAAUUUUCACUGUAAAAGAAUUCAAUUUUGAUCAAAUGAAAUGUUCUCAUAGCGAGGAUAUUUAAUAUCUAUGUCACUGAUGAAAAUUAGAGUUAGUUUCUUCUAUUACCAACACAAUCAAAUCCCAGUAAUGAGAAAUAAGUCUAACGCUCGUGGAAUCAUAUGCAGGCAAGUUAACGAAUAUGCUUUGAACCGAUAGACAUCGAUUGACAAAUAUCUCCAUCAUUGUUUUAACAAAUCAGAAUUAUAGGAUGUGUCUGCUUGA